CAACAUAAAUUUGGUCACCACCAACGUCAUGCCUUUCAAGAUCUAGUCCUAUAUAAGACCCUAAAUUCUUUGCAUGUCAAUCCACAUAUCUCAUAUCUAGCUUUCUGCUACAAACACACAAAUAUUCAAGCCAUUAGUAAGUAAGAGAACUCUUCAAUCUCACUUCACAUUUCAUUAUAUCAAACCUAUUCAACGUAGAUAACAUGGUGCACCGUCGUAUCCUCCUAGUGACUUUUCCGGCACAAGGUCAUAUAAAUCCGUCCCUCCAAUUUGCGAAGCGUCUCAUCCGCAUAGGGGUGGAGGUCACCUUUGCCACGAGCGUGUUCGCCCACCGUCGCAUAACCAAGGCCGGCGACCCCAUCCCUCAAGGUCUAAGCUUCGCCGCCUUCUCGGAUGGCUUUGACGACGGCUUCAAAGUUGGUGAUGAUCACAGACACCUCGUGUCGGAGAUGAGGAGCCGCGGCUCGCAAACCCUAAAGGAGAUCAUCGCGGCUAGCAUUGACGAAGGCCGCCCGAUUACUUCCUUAGUCUACUCCCUCCUCCUCCCUUGGGCCGCCAGGGUGGCGCGUGACAUGCACAUCCCAUCAGCCCUUCUUUGGAUUCAGCCUGCCACUGUUUUGGACAUCUACUACUAUUACUUUAAUGGGUAUGCGGAUGCCAUAAAGGACAACUGUAAUGACCCCUCAUGGUCUAUUAAAUUACCGGGACUGCCAUCACUCACAAGUGAUGACCUUCCCUCCUUUCUCCUACCUUCAAGCUCAGCCACCUACAGUUUUGCACUCCCAUCCUUCAAAGAACAGCUUGAUACACUUGAUGAAGAGAUCAACCCUAAAGUACUCGUGAACACAUUCGAUGCAUUAGAACCCGAAGCUCUAAGAGCCAUUGACAAGCUCAAGUUGAUCGCGGUCGGACCAUUGAUUCCGUCAGCUUUCUUGGGUGGAAAGGAUCCAUCGGAUACUUCAUUUGGAGGAGACUUGUUUCAGAAAACAAAGGACUACAUCGAAUGGUUGAACUCCAAACCAAAAUCAUCCGUCGUUUACAUAUCAUUUGGAAGUCUCUUGGAGUUUUCGAAGCAACAAAAAGAGGAGAUGGCAAAAGCUUUGUUGGAGAGUGGCAGGCCAUUUCUGUGGGUGAUAAGAGCGAAAGAAAAUGGGGAAGAGGAGAAAGAAGAAGAUAGGCUAAGUUGCAUGGAUGAAUUGGAGCAACAAGGGAUGAUAGUGCCAUGGUGUGCUCAAGUGGAGGUUCUAUCACACACAUCAUUCGGAUGUUUUGUGACACAUUGUGGGUGGAACUCUACAUUGGAAAGCUUGGUUUGUGGGGUUCCGGUGGUGGCAUUUCCACAUUGGACGGAUCAAGGGACAAAUGCAAAGCUACUAGAGGACGUGUGGAGGACGGGGGUGAGGGUUAGGGCAAAUGAGGAAGGGGUAGUUGAGGGUGAUGUGAUCAAGAGGUGUUUGGAUAUGGUGAUGGAAGGUGGAGAGAGAGGGGAUGAACUGAGAGGGAAUGCUAAGAAAUGGAAGGAAUUGGCAAGGGAGGCUGUGAAGGAAGGUGGAUCUUCAGCUACUAAUCUUCAGGCUUUUGUGGAUGAGGUUGGAGAAGAAGUUUGUUAGUAGGAGGCUAGGAGCAUAUAUAUCUUUAAUUAGUUUAUGAAAGGUGUUUGUUCUAUUAAAUAGUUUUUUUUGGAAGUUAUUUUCUUCAUUUCAUUUUGAUUUCUAGCUUGUUUUAGUUUCUUGUAUUGAUUUCUUAGUCACAUUUGCAAAGUCGUGUCAUAUGCACCUAGUGGCAUAAGUACUUAUCAAUACAUGUUAAUUUCAACAUUUCAAAUCAAACUUAAAAGGAAAUACAGUUUUUUAGCCAAUAUUGAAGCAGCAAUGGAAGUAAUUCUUUCUUUA